AUGGCAGCGAACUCGAGCAGCAUCUCAGUGAUCAACCACAUGCCUCACUCAUCGCUCCGAUCCGUUUCCGUUCCCCUUUCACAUAGAAAGUUACCGACUUUUCGAGCUUUCUCCAGUACAACAAUGGCAGAUGCUAAAGAUGCUGGAAUGGAUGAUGUUCAGAGACGCCUCAUUUAUUUGGUGGGUAACUUAGUUUCUCUCGCAACGAAAGAUGGCUUAUUACUGUUUUUUAUUGGACUGUAUAUCAUCAGCUAUCUAGUUGCAGCCACUGGCCUGCAGAGCUUGUGGAGUCUUGCACUAGCCACAGUUGAUGUCUAUGCCAUUUUGGUCAAACGUUCCCUACAGAACCGUCGACUCGUUAGCUUGUUUGCAAUUGGUGAUGGGGUGACAUCGACGAUGACUUUUGCAGCGGCGUUUGCAACGGCAGGGAUAACGGUUCUGAUAGACAACGAUCUGAACAGCUGCUCGGCAAACCAUUGUGUUCAGUUUGAAACAUCAACAGCAUUAGCCUUGAUUAGCUGGUUUGCUGCUCUCCCUUCUUUUCUCUUCAACUUUUGGUCUCUCGCUUCAUCAUCCCGUUGAAAAUAAAAGAAAAGACAAAGACUGAACACGAGAUCCGUUUCCACCCGUGUACAUAUAGUGACCGUUUUUUUCUUCUUUCUUAUUUGGGUUUGUAUUUAACUUUCCUCAAAACUCAGUACCUGGAAACUCUUGUUCUUUUUGUUGUUGUAACACUGACAAAGAAACUUACUACGCAAAUGGUUGCAGUCUUGAACAACCUUGUCAUA